AUGCUUCCUAUUCUCAGCUUGCCUCUAGUCAUCGAUAUUGCUCUAUACUACUGCAUCUAUCGAACGUUCAAGUGGCUUUUGAGCCCUUAUAUCUUUCCCCAAUUUCGCCACAUUCCUGGACCUACAUCGCAGUCGUGGUUUAAAGGAAACCUUGGCCAACUAUUUAAUGCCAAAGGAUUACCAUUUCACCAACAGCUGGUCGACCGUUUCGGUGGUAUGGUCAAGAUAUACGGAUUCUUCGGGGACGAACAAUUAUAUGUGUCCGACCCCCACGCACUACAAAGCAUUAUUGUGAAGGACCAAGACGCAUUUGAAGAGACAGCUGUGUUUAUUGAUACGAACAGAGUUAUAUUUGGGCCUGGUCUUGUGAGCACCACCGGCGAUGUACACAAGAAGCAGCGUAAAAUAGUCGCUCCAGUCUUCUCCGUUCCUCAGUUGAAAAAAGUGACGCCAAUAGUGUAUGAAAUUGCGGAGAAGCUUGCAGAUGUUCUCACGCGGGAAGUUCAUGCAUCCCGGACAACAAAAGGAAGCAGUGUCCUAGAUAUGUCUGAGUGGGUGUCCCGCGUAGCGCUGGAAACAAUUGGACGGACAGUGCUGGGAUAUUCGUUUGAUCCACUGGACUCCCCACACAACAAUCCGUACACCUCUGCGAUCAAGGAACUGAUCCCUACUUUGUUCUCGCUUUCGGUUCUACGCCAAUUUGCCCCGUUCUUGUCGCGAUUAGGGACACCUUGGCUCAGAAGGAAGAUCGUUGAUUGGACACCGAAUAAGGCAAUCCAAAAGAUUAAAAAUAUGUCGGAUAUUAUGGAUAGUACGGCUAGGAGUAUUCUGCGAGAGAAGCAAAUUUUGAUGAAUAAGCCGGAUCUGUAUGAAACAAAUUUCGGAAAUGUCGAAGAAGACAAGGAUAUCAUCAGCGUUCUUCUUCGUGCGAAUGAGAAGGCUGCAGUGGGAGAAAAGCUUUCAGAGUCGGAGUUGACCGGUCAAAUGACAGUUCUUAUUUUUGGGGCACAGGACACGACGUCUUCAGCGUUAUCGCGGAUUUUGCACUUGCUUGCUAUGAAUACUCAUAUACAGGAUAAGGUUCGAGAAGAAAUUACUGCUGCUUUCGCAGAGGUAGACAGACUAGGGUAUGACUCGAUUUCUGAACUUGCUUGGUUGGACGCCGUGGUCAAGGAAACCCUCCGUUUUAAUUCUGACACUGCCGACGCCUCUGUCAUUGUACCAGCCGGUACAACGCUUUUUGUUGGGAUCGCAGGAGCGAACCGACUCGAGUCCGUUUGGGGUGUUGAUGCAAAGACAUGGAAACCUGAGCGUUGGCUGUCCGAUAGAAACCCAGCUACAAUGCAUUUGCCGGGUAUCUACUCUGGGAUGUUGUCGUUCUUCGGAGGAGGUCGAUCUUGCAUUGGAUACAGGUUCGCUUUGAUGGAGAUGAAAAUCAUUCUCGCGACGCUUUUGCGUCGGUUCAAAUUUUCUUCGACCAAUGACGAAAUUAUCUGGAACCUCUCACAAAUCAUCUCUCCGUCAGUUCGUCGUCCUUCGACAAUCAACGAUAGUGGCUUUGAAGAAGAAAAGGGUCUACCUAUGGUUGUCGAAUUGACGACUGAAGAAUAA